GGAGAGGGGUAGAGGGCGUGGCAGAGCCCCCCGUGGCCGUGGAGCAGGUCAGAAUCUUCGUGGUGGAAGGAUGCCUGCUGCAGCUCGUAGAGCUCCUCUGGGAAUUAAUUCUCGGCCAUCUGCUUAUGCCAUUGCCAAGGCAAGCUAACUAAAUGGAUGCUUAUGCGUGUGAUUGAGAAUCUGAUAUACUAUAAAAUCCCCAAAUAUGAGAGGAUAUCUUAUUCAGCGCUGUAGGAACCGAAAAGCAAGAGCAAUUCAUUAAUAUUGUUCCACGGAGAAGCUCAAUUAUUGCUUGGUCAUUUUGCGUCCUCGAUGCCUAUGUUAUAGUUCCAUUAUGUUGCGAUUAACAUGCACCUAAGAGUUGUUUGCUUUUGUUUUUGGGGGCUUUGCUACAGAACUCUGAUAUUGGUCGCUCCUGGCAUAUAACAUGAAGGAACUUCGUUAGAUGUAUUUCAAAACGGAGCUCUUACCAGGAGCACAAAAAUCAUAUAGCUAUAAGAUGGGUUAAAUGCUCUAAACCAUGCUAAUUCAUUUGAUUUAGAUGAGGCGGCUAUUAGUGUUUGAUGAUUGGUUGUGUGGACCAGCAUUUUAAUGGAUCCUCUUUCUAAGUUGGUUCUACGGUGCAAGAUUUCAGUUAACUUCUCUAGUUCACCGUAUUUUGCAAAGGAGCUUCCUUCACGAAACAUCAGAACUGGCGCUCUCACUUGUAGCAUAGCACCCGUUUAUGUGCAGUGGUCUUUUCGCAGAACCAGGCGUUUUCCAUGGCAGCACGAUUUAUUUGAAGAUAGCUUAAAAGCUGCAGGUAUACACGGAAUAGAAGUGGGCACAAAGUUGUAUGUUUCCAACUUGGACCAUGGAGUAACCAACGAAGAUAUAAGGGAACUUUUUGCGGAGAUUGGAGACUUGAAGCGCUAUGCAGUUCACUAUGACAGAAAUGGUCGUCCUAGUGGUUCAGCUGAAGUUGUCUAUACAAGAAGGAGCGAUGCAUUUGCAGCUCUUAAACGGUACAAUAAUGUACUUUUGGAUGGAAAGCCCAUGAAGAUUGAAGUUGUUGGUGCCAAUGCAGAAUUGCCUGUAUCAGCUCGUGUGAAUGUUUCUGGGAUAAAUGGGCAGAGGAAGAGGACAGUUGUCAUGACGCCUGGAGGUCGACCUGGAGGUAGAGCUGGAGGUCCUGCUAUGUUUAAUCGUGGUGCAGGCUGGGGACGCCGUGGUGGUGGAAGGAGCGGUGGUGGGGGUAUGCGUGGUCGAGGUGGUGGACGGGGUCGCGGUCGUGGUCGCGGUCGAGGGCGUGGUAAGAAGGAUGGGGUUGAGAAGUCUGCUGAGGAACUUGACAAGGAACUGGAGACUUAUCAUGCGGAUGCCAUGCACAUCUCAUGAUUUCCUAAGCAGUACUAUAAAUAUUAGCCAAUGCAUGCUAUUGGCGCCUGUACAAAAGUGGUUCUCCUUUGCUUCUGAACCCGUUACAUCAGUGUGUUAGAUUUGCAUUCUAUUUGGUCCUAUUGAGAUCUUUUUUUGGGCUAAAUGAGUGAAGUGGAUGAUUCUGGAAGUUACCUAAGAUGUUAGAUAGUUUGGGUGCUAUUUUUGGUUAACUCCGUAUCUUAAUUGCUGGCGUAGAUUUUGACUUUCAGUCUUUCAUCUCAUCUAGAAUCUGGUCUUCACUUCAAGAGAGUGAUUGUAUAAAGCCAAUCGGGUUGAUGUGAUUGAUCUCUAUGUCCUUUUGACUCUACCCUUGUAGGCUCAAAAACUAAUUCUAAUCGAGUCGGGUUGUAUGUGAUUUUGGAUUUACAUAAUUCCUGACAUAAUUCAGUCCAUUUUCAAUUCAUUAUGAGU